AUGUUCGUCUUCCCAUACGUCGUAAACCUGUUUGUGAACGCGCACGUGAGUACCAAGAGGCUUCAGGCUUACUUCAGCGGGCCAGAGGUCGAGGGGAGUUUCCUUGAUGGUGAUCAUGGGUCCAAUGGAAGCACGGGUGAUGAUAGAAAGGUUUCUGUUUCCGUUCGGCGGAGACGAUCUAAUGAUCGGACGAGUUCUAAGGUGGACGAGCUGGAAAUUGAAUCGUCUGCUCUGAUGGGUAGCCAUGGUAAUGGUGAGUUGAAGUAUGGAUCUAUGCGGAAGACGGCAUCCUCCUUGCCAUCCAAUGUUGCCAUCAGGAUAACCAAUGGAAGUUACACAUGGGAUCCGGAUUCCACUGCGCCGGUCAUCAGAAACCUAAAUGUGGAUAUUCCAGCAGGUCAACUAACAGUAGUGAUAGGAACUGUUGGAAGUGGGAAGUCCUCCAUGUUGCAAGCCAUUAUGGGAGAGAUGACGACAUUGAGCGGCAACAUUGAAAUCAGGGAAGACUCGAAAACCGCUUUCAGCCCACAAAAGGCCUGGUUAGUCAACGCUUCACUGAAGGAAAACAUAUUGUUUGGAACUCAAAACGAUAAAAGCAAAUACCAGAAAGUGAUCGAGGCCUGCGCCCUAGGUCCAGAUAUCGCCAUGUUACCUGGAGGAGAUCAUACAGAGAUUGGUGAGAAAGGUAUCAACUUGAGCGGAGGACAGAAACAGAGAGUCAGCGUAGCGAGGACCAUGUAUUCAGACAGAGAUAUCGUCAUAUUGGACGACCCUCUGUCGGCUCUUGACAUGCACGUAGGAGCUCAUCUCUUUGAGAAUGGAAUUCUGAAGAUUCUCAAGAAACAGAAACGAACCAUCAUUCUCGUCACCCAUCAGCUCCAGUAUUUACCAGAGGCUAACAAGAUCAUCGUAAUGAAGGAUGGGCAGAUCGCACUGCAGGGUGACCCGGAAGAAAUUGCCAAGGCUGACCCUUCACUGUGUGCUGAUUGGCAGAGAGCUCUGCAUGUGUUCAGCGAAUCAGAGGCUGAGUUGUCAGGGGCGGAGUCUGAAGCUGUCCACGAGGAGAGGUUGUCACUCAAGAAACAAAUCGCGAAGCUACAGCAGUCGGCAGGUUUAUCCACCGAAUCCAUGCAGCAAGAAAUUACAGGUGCCGAGGCGGAUAAAGGACGUCUUAUCGUCAAAGAAGACCAAGAGACCGGGUCGGUAGAUUCCAGGAUCUACUUCUACUACUUCAAAUCAAUGAACUACUGGGUGACGUUGGGUAUCCUUGUGACGGUGGCGGCCAGGGCAGGCACCCAGAUAGGCAGUAACUUCCUCCUGGCUGACUGGUCUGAGAUUAGCGUCACUACGAACGAUACAGAGGAAAUACUAGAACAGACGAACUAUUACAUCACGUACUACAGCGUGUUGUCAUUUAUGACCAUCCUGAUGCGAAUCUUUUCGAUUGUCUUCAUUACUGUUGGAGCUUACCUGGCUGCUAAGUCGCUACACAUCAACAUGCUGGACAACAUCGUCUCUAUACCUAUGAGGUUCUUUGAUACGACACCAAGUGGAAGAUUCAUGAAUAGGUUGUCAUUUGAUACCCAAAUGAUCGACCAGAGGAUCAUUCAAAGCAUAAGGAUGUUCAUCAAUACCCUGUCGAUGGUUCUAUCUUCUCUGGUUGUCAACAUCGUCGUCAAUAUCUAUUUCAUCCUCUUCGUCAUCCCCACCGUCAUCACCUUCAUCGUGCUGCUCGCCUACUACUUGACAACCUCAAGGGAGCUUCAGCGUUGUGAGAGCGUCACUCGAUCGCCAAUCUUCGCCCAUUUCUCCGAGACUCUUGGGGGAUUGCCCACCAUCAGAGCAUUUCAGGACGAGAGGCGAUUCUUUAAGAUUGCUCAAGAUCGCAUCUUGGUGAACAACCGCGUGUUUCUCUACCUGGUCACUGCUCAGAGAUGGAUGGCAAUCCGACUCGAUUACCUCGGAGCACUGAUAGUCACCGUCUCCAGUCUCUCAGUCCUCAUCGGGGCGUUCUAUCUUGGCAUCGAUGCUAGCUAUGUGGGACUGGCCAUAUCAUAUUCACUUGAGAUUGCGCUAUAUUUGAACCGAAACGUCAGGGCUGCUGCGGAUAUUGAGCUACAAAUGAACGCUGUAGAAAGAGUGCAGUACUAUAUAGAAGUACCUACAGAAGAUUAUUCAGGAACUGAACCUCCAGAGGACUGGCCGACUGAGGGUAAGAUUGAAGUAGACAAUAUACACGUGAGGUAUUCAGAAGAGCUAGCUACAGUUCUUAAAGGAAUCUCUCUAUCCGUUCCCUCUCAGGCAAAGAUUGGGAUUUGUGGACGUACUGGAAGCGGCAAGUCUUCUUUCACUCUAGCACUCUUUCGUAUGAUACAAACCUGCCAAGGUCGUAUUGUCAUCGACGGGAUCGACAUCGCCACUGUUCCACUUCUCUCCCUUCGUCAACGUCUCUCCAUCAUCCCACAAGAUGCAUUCCUCUUUACUGGAACUAUCAGAAAUAAUUUGGAUCCAACUAGCGGAAAGGCUGAUCCUGACUUGUGGCAAGCCCUUGGUAUUGCCCAGCUAAAAGAUGUAGUACACCAGUUAGAAGGUGGUUUAGACUACGAGGUGUCGGAAGGCGGAGAUAACUUCAGUGUCGGGCAGCGUCAACUCUUCUGCCUUGCCAGAGCUUUCCUGAGAAACUCCAAGAUUGUCAUCAUGGAUGAAGCGACUGCCUCAAUAGACCACGAAACGGAUAGGAUACUCCAAGAUGCGGUGGCCGAUAUAUUCCAGGAUAGAACAGUCCUCACUAUAGCGCAUCGUGUUGGUACCAUACUCGACUCCGAUACCAUCCUAACUCUUCGAGAUGGCGCGGUCAUCGAGUUUGACUCCCCCUCCGUGCUCCUAGAGAGAGACGACAGUGUGUUCGCCUCGCUCGUCAAAGCCGGAAAAUGAUGUAAUCAGAGAUGUAGUUUUAAGAGGCACAUGGGUACAUCACCAAGGUUUUCUUAAAAUAAAAAAAAUCAGAGUAGGGUGAGGAUUAUCUUCGUGGAUCACCUUUUGAAAUUUGUGAACAUUACAAUGACGGUUGUACACAAUCCAAACAUGAUUAAAUAUACGGUUUGAUAGGAUAUUGAAAUUGCCCUCGAGUUUUUUUUUUAUAAA